AUGCCACCCAAAACCGCAGGCAGAAAAUUCGGCGACGAGUUUAAAGCCGAGUUACUUCGUGAGAUGGAGGCUUCUACAUCCACCGGCGAUAUAUGCAUGAGAUGCGGUAAGGACACGCACGGUCAUAUCAACGAAUGUACCGAGAAUUUUAGCCAAGUUUGGUCGAAGGGGAAUUAUAAGUUCGCACCAGCGAUAGAAAGGGUGCUCGCCGAAGAGUGGUUCCAGGACCAACGCACUAGAAUUAUCAAAGAGAGAGUUCAGCCUGAAGCAGAUAACCCGACCGAAAGUGGGGUCCGAACAGUCAACCCACCCAUCGCAGUAGAUAUGCCAUCUAGCAGUGCCUCUGGAAAUACAUCCGACACGCCCGCCAAGAACAGAAAGACCAUUCCGACCGAUAAUGUCGGCUUAGUCGAGUACGAGAACCACACAUUAGAAGUUCAAGAGAUUCCAGACGCGAUUCCCGAAGAGGGUUUGCCUAAGGUCGGAACUGAGCUGGUAGGUUCAUCAGCAUCUCUGGGCAAGCUCAACGUCAUCAGCAACUAUGUACGAGUGCUCAAAGUACCCCCUCAGCUCCAUACGUAUACCUUGACAUUCUGGAGACUAAGCAUUGAUCCAUUGAAGGCUGGAGUGCGUGUUGAGCUCAAGAAGCGACUAGAGCUGGAGCGUGCGUUCAACGCCAUGCACGCGGCGAAUAAGCUGGGUUUGAAGGAGAGCAAAAAGGCAUGGGCAACUGACUUCAGGAGCCUUUGGUGCGAUUCUGCUAUGAAGGGGCCGGGCCAAGAGGACACUGAGUGGGACACGUCAGAAUUCGACUGCAAACUUCUUGAUGGUCGGACCUAUAAAGUUCACGCGACAUUGAAGAAGGGUGAGGUUUUGAGCGAUGUCGAAAAGGUACUCCGCUUGGAACAUAUCUCCAAGAGUAACGACUACGUUCGAGCUUUGAACGCCUAUGUAGCGCAGUGUGUCCGCCAUUACAACAAUGACUCCACUGUAUCGAUUACGCAACUCGGCGCGAACAAGUUUUACCUUGAUCAAGGCUUCAAGGAUAUGUUCGGUCGCAACAACAAGAACCUAGGGCUGCGUACAGUUCGCGGCUACUACAUGUCGAUCAGACCCGGGGCUUCAGGCUUAUUGCUCAACGUCAAUGUGGCCACAACGGCGUUCUUAUCCCCCGUACUUGUUUCGGACUUGUUGAAUUUGUUGCCGAAGCAAGACGUCGAGAAGAUGUUGAGAGGUAAGCGGGUGAGACUAGCUUACCGUCGUCAAGACUUUGAAGACAACAAGGAGGCCGGUUUCUCUAUCAACGACGAGCUCCCACGCACAAAGGUCUUCCAACAGUUCGGCCUAGCUGCGUCCAAACAGACGUUCUUCACAGUUCUUGGCAAGGACAGAACCAGCAAAGGCCACGUAGGUUCAACUGACAGGGGAACCUCUGUUCUCAAAUACUUCCGAGACAUCAAGGUAAAAAUGCCAGGAGGAACUGAAAAUGACCUCCAGUGUGUCAACGUUGGCAAGCGUGUCAAGUCGCCUGGAAGUAAGGAGCCGAAAGAUAUGCGUCUGCAAUCUAUAGACGGCGCGCAGUGGAUUCCUGCGUGUCUCCUCGAGAUACUGCCUUACCAACCCAUGACAGGGCAGAUGAGCCCUGAGCAAACCACCGAGAUGUUGAAUCAUGCUCUGCACCUGCCAGCGAAGAAUGCAGCUCUGAUUGAACGAGAAGGCUUGCGAAUCCUUGGCCUCAAGCCCCAAGCUGGUGCUGGAAGCACCCAACAACUUGGGGAUUUGGGGUUCCAACUCAACUCAAAGCUGAUAAGGUUUUCAGCCAAGAAGCUACGCCUGCCUCGUCUUCUUUAUGAGCGACAAUCCGAGAAUACUACCACCAAGCUCGUGCCAAAAAUGAACGAAGAACGAGCAUCCUGGAACUUACAAGGUGCUGCUUUCACGAAGCCACGCACGCUCAACGAACUUCAUGUUCUUCCUAUGUCGGGAUGCUUUAGGCCUAAACAGAAAUCGACAAGUAAAGAUAUCCGAGACGACUUCACCUCACAGCUCAAUUCACAUCAUGUCCGUGCUGUAGCUGGAUAUGUGCCCAGUUACAAUUACACAAGUGACGGGCUAGAAUCGAAACUCCAGGUUUGGUUUAGCGAGUGUAAGAAGGAUGAUUGCACAGUUGUGCUACUCCAGAAGAAGAACUUUGACAUAUACGCUAAAAUUAAGCGGGCUGGUGACUUCUUAGGACAUCAUACGAUCUGCGCUGUUGGGGAGAAGAUUGCGGAUGAUGGUGGACUUCGUUCGCAGCAUUUCUCUAACAUGGCUCUCAAGGUCAACUUGAAGCUGGGCGGCGACAAUCACUGGCUUAACGAUGACGACUUGAACGAGGUACUCGUAGGAGAACUCCGAAAUAACACCAUGAUAUUAGGAUCGGAUGUCACUCAUCCUGGCCACGGCGCGAAGAUCGGUACUCCGAGCAUCGCCUGCGUCGUGGGUACGGUCGACGCUAAAUUCAUGAGCUAUCGCGGUUCCAUGAGGCUCCAAGCCGGCGGCCAGGAGCAAAUCGACGAAGCCAACCUUUGCAGUAUGAUAAUGGAACGGCUCGAGACCUGGAAGUCACACAACAAUGAGAAACUUCCAACAAUGAUCUUGUUUUAUCGUGACGGCGUCUCUGAGUCACAGUUCGCCGCCGUAGAAAAACUCGAGAUUCCACAGAUCAAGGAGGCGUACGAGAAGGCUGGAGGGAAACCUGACCAGCUCAAGGUAUGUUUCCUUGUUGUCAGUAAGCGUCAUCACACACGCUUCUACGCUGCCGACAAGAAGACCUCAUACGACUCCAGGGAGAAAAUUCAGAACGCCCCAAAGGAUGGACCUCAAUAUAGGUUCUAUGUCAACGGUAACGUCAAAGCCGGGCUUCUUGUGGAUGAUAUCGUCACAGCGCCCAAACCCACCAACUUCUUCUUGCAAUCCCACUGCGCGAUCAAGGGUACCGCACGUUCAGCUCAUUACUAUGUGCUCCGCAACGAUACCAACAUCAGCGAAGCGAAUCUGAAGCAGUUGACGAUGAUGCUCUGCUACACCUUCGGACGAUCUACCACCGGGGUCUCGUACGCGACGCCCGCAUAUGUAGCCGAUAGACUAUGCGACCGGGGCAGAUCCUACAUACGUCUCUGGGCAGAGAACGAACUCGCAGAACCUGUCUUUACGUACGAGAAGUACUAUGGUGCCGAUGGAAACGAACGAAAGGCCACCGACAAGGAGAUCUUGGACGAGAAGAACGCGAUGGUCAAGAAGUUCUUGCAUUCACACGUGUGGGGUGACAACUACAACGAUGAUCCAAAUAGUCCACAGAGGCUGAACCCAUGGCACCCGAACCUUGACGAAGGUAUGUUCUGGAUGUGA